CUGUAUUUUAAGGCUGAGAUCCCGAUGAGAAAGAUAAAGCAGGACUACCAUUGACCUGUACAGCUGUGUUUAUCAUUGGACCUGAUAAGAGGUUGAAACUCUCCAUGUUGUAUCCUGCUAGCACUGGACGUAACUUUAAUGAGGUUUUAAGAGUUGUGGACUCAUUGCAAUUGACUCAUAAUAAAAAUGUUGCUACACCUGUUGACUGGAAGCAAGGAGGAGACUGUAUGGUACUGCCAAAUAUUAAAAAUGAAGAUUUGCCAAAACUUUUUCCCAAAGGAGUUACUGUUAAAGAAUUGCCAUCUGGAAAACCUUAUUUACGUAUUACUCCUCAGCCAUAAAUUUGGAAUGCCAGCAGGAAAGAAAAGUGCAGCUGUUCCAAGAGUUUAGCAUUUCUAAAAACAAUGUUGUAUUUGGAGUUACUUUAGUAUGCCUCUUUUAGUAUUUUCUUUGUAACAAAUCCAAAAUCUUCUGUCUCUGUAAGAGUGAAUUUCUCUUAAAUACUCAAAUGUAUACUUGUAUCUUAAAUGCAUGUGCCUUAUUGACAUAUCAUUUAAGUUUGAUGCUUAUGCCUUAUUAAGGCUAUGUUUACAUUUGUUUGUGCACCCCCCCCAUUUUA